GCUGGCCGGGCUGUCCACGGGCCUUCCUGUCAGCGCGUGGCCUGAACACGGGUGACGGUUUCACCAAAAAAAGGAAGCCUGUGACCCAGAGGGCCAGCCUAGGAAGCCCGUUCAGGCUCUGCUGGGUCUUCUUUCUGCACCAAAGGGCGCCUCUGCUCAUGGCUCUCCCCGGAGGUCGCCGUUGCCAAAUGAGGAGGAAAGGCCGCUGCCACCGAGGCGCCGCAGCGAGGCACCCUUCCUCCCCGCGCAGCUCCCGCCACUCCCCCACUCGGGAGACCCUGACCUACGCGCAGGCGCAGAGGAUGGUGGAGAUCGAGAUCGAGGGGCGCCUGCACCGGAUCAGCAUCUUCGACCCGCUGGAGAUCAUCUUGGAGGACGACCUCACGGCCCAGGAGAUGAGCGAGUGCAACAGCAACAAGGAGAACAGCGAGCGGCCCCCCGCCUGCCUGCGGACUAAGCGGCACCGCAGUAGCCGCGCCAGGAAGAAGGGUGAGGCCCCGGCCGGCACCCCCGGCACCCCCGCUGCCACUGCCAGCGCGCUGCCCGAGCCCAAGGUGCGCCUGGUGGAGUACAGCCCCCCGUCGGCCCCGCGCCGGCCCCCCGUGUACUACAAGUUCGUGGAGAAGUCGGCGGAGGAGCUGGACCACGAGGUGGAGUACGACAUGGACGAGGAGGACUAUGCCUGGCUGGAGCUCGUCAACGAGCGGCGCCGCGGCGACUGCGUCUCGGCCGUGUCGCAGGGCGUCUUCGAGUUCCUCAUGGACCGCUUCGAGAAGGAGUCGCACUGCGAGACCCAGAAGCAGGGGGAGCCGCAGUCUCUCAUCGACGAGGACGCGGUGUGCUGCGUCUGCAUGGACGGCGAGUGCCAGAACAGCAACGCCAUCCUCUUCUGCGACCUGUGCAACCUGGCCGUGCACCAGGAGUGCUACGGGGUGCCCUACAUCCCCGAGGGCCAGUGGCUGUGCCGCCACUGCCUGCAGGCCCGCGCCCGCCCCGCCGACUGCGUGCUGUGCCCCAACCGCGGCGGUGCCUUCAAGAAGACGGAUGACGACCGGUGGGGCCACGUGGUGUGCGCCCUGUGGAUCCCCGAGGUGGGCUUCGCCAACACCGUGUUCAUCGAGCCCAUCGACGGCGUGAGGAACAUCCCGCCCGCCCGCUGGAGGCUGACCUGCUACCUCUGCAAGCAGAAGGGCGUGGGCGCCUGCAUCCAGUGCCACAAGGCCAACUGCUACACCGCCUUCCACGUGACCUGCGCCCAGCGCGCCGGCCUCUACAUGAAGAUGGAGCCCGUCAAGGAGCUGGCGGGCGGCAGCGCCACCUUCUCCGUCAGGAAGACCGCCUACUGUGACGCCCACACGCCCCCGGGCUGCACCCGCCGGCCGCUGAACAUUUACGGGGACGCGGAGACGCGCAACGGCGUGUGCCGCAAGGAGAGCGCGGUGAAGGCUGUCCGGGCCACGUCCAAGGUCCGCAAGAAGGCCAAGAAGGCCAAGAAGGCGCCGGCCGAGCCCUGCGCGGCGCUGCCGCCCCUGUGUGCGCCCUACAUCCCCCCGCAGAGACUGAACAGGAUCGCCAACCAGGUGGCCAUCCAGCGGAAGAAGCAGUUCGUGGAGCGAGCGCACAGCUACUGGCUGCUGAAGAGGCUGUCACGCAACGGGGCUCCCCUGCUGCGGCGCCUGCAGUCCAGCCUGCAGUCCCAGCGGCACACGCAGCAGCGGGAGAAUGACGAGGAGAUCCAGGCAGCCAAGGAGAAGCUGAAGUUCUGGCAGCGGCUGCGCCACGAUCUGGAGCGCGCCCGCCUGCUGACUGAGCUGCUGCGCAAGCGCGAGAAGCUCAAGCGGGAGCAGGUAAAGGUGGAGCAGCUGGCCCUGGAGCUGCGGCUGACCCCGCUCACAGCCCUGCUGCGCUCGGUGCUGGAGCAGCUGCAGGAGAAGGACCCUGCCCGCAUCUUCGCCCAGCCCGUGAGCCUGAAGGAGGUGCCAGAUUAUCUGGAUCACAUCAAACGCCCCAUGGACUUUGCCACGAUGAGGAAGCGGCUGGAAGCCCAAGGGUAUAAAAACCUCACUGAGUUUGAGGAGGAUUUUGAUCUCAUUGUAGAUAACUGCAUGAAGUACAACGCCAAGGACACGGUGUUCUAUAGGGCCGCGGUGAGGCUGCGCGACCAGGGCGGUGUCGUCCUGAGGCAGGCCCGGCGCCAGGCGGACAGCAUUGGCUUCGAGGAGGCCACGGGGAUGCACCUGCCUGAGCGGCCAGCCGCGGCCCCUCGGCGGCCUUUCUGCUGGGAGGACGUGGACAGGUUGCUGGACCCGGCCAACCGGGCACACAUGGUGCUGCAGGAGCAGCUGAGAGAGCUGCUGGACAAGCUGGACCUCACUUGCGCCAUGAAGUCCAGCGGCUCCCGGAGCAAACGUGCCAAGUUGCUGAAGAAAGAGAUCGCGCUGUUGCGGAGCAAGCUGAGCCAGCAGCACAGCCAGCCCCCGCCGGCGGAAUCAGGUACUGGAGGCUUCGAAGAGGAAGGCGCUCGGCCGGGGCAGGAGCCAGGGGAGGAAGGCGCUAGGUCUCCCCCUAGCCUUGGGCCGCCGGACGCAGCGGCUCCGCCUCCACGCCCGGAGCCCCGCCCAGAGCCUCCAACCCCGAGCCCCGUAGAGCUCCGCCCCGGGCAGGGCGGGCCCAAGCGAGUCUCGUUCGCGCCCGCGCCCGCGCCCGCGCCGCGCGGCCGCCCUCCGGGCCCCGCCCUGGCCUGCGGCGCGGCGCCGGCGGCCCCCGCGGGGGCGGAGCCAGCGAGCGACGCGGCGAGCCGCGCCCCGGCGCCCGGCGGCCCGGCGAAACGUGUAAGCCCCCCCGCGCCUGCCACGACCUCCGCCGCCCGGCCCGCCCCCGGCGCGCCCGGGACCAAAACCUUUCUGUCUGUAGUCCUCCCGAGGUUGGACGCGCUCCUGCAGCCACGGAAGCGGUCGCGCAGCGCCUGCGGAGACCCCGCGGCGGAGGAGGGCUCCCCGGGGAAGCGCCUGGACACAGGGCUCGCCAAUGGCUUUGGGGGUGCACGAAGUGAGCAGGAGCUGGCCCCAGGGAGGAAGGCCGCUCCCCGCCGGCGCUGUGCCUCGGAGUCUAGCCUGUCCUCCAGCAGUGGCCCGCUCUGUGACUCAAGUCUCGGUGCCCCCAAGUGUGGGCGGGGCAAGCCGGCGCUGGUGCGCAGGCACACGCUGGAGGACCGCAGCCAGCUGAUCUCCUGCAUCGAGAGCGGGGACUACGCCCGGGCGGCCAGGAUCGCGGCAGAAGUCGGUCAGAACAGCAUGUGGAUUUCAACUGAUGCCGCGGCCUCCGUCCUGGAGCCCCUGAAAGUCGUGUGGGCCAAGUGCAGUGGCUACCCCUCGUACCCAGCCCUGAUCAUCGACCCCAAGAUGCCGCGAGUGCCUGGCCACCACAAUGGAGUGACCAUCCCCGCCCCGCCCCUGGAUGUGCUGAAGAUCGGCGAGCACAUGCAGACCAAGGCGGACGAGAAGCUCUUUCUGGUGCUGUUCUUCGACAACAAACGGAGCUGGCAGUGGCUCCCGAAGUCCAAAAUGGUCCCCCUCGGCGUGGACGAGACGAUAGACAAGCUGAAGAUGAUGGAGGGGAGGAACUCCAGCAUCCGCAAGGCCGUGAGGAUCGCCUUCGACCGCGCCAUGAACCACCUGAGCCGCGUGCACGGGGAGCCGGCCAGCGACCUGAGCGACAUCGACUGACGGCCGCGCGGGCGGGCUGUACAUGCUGUAUAUCGCCAGACCUAACUUAUUCCGGCUCGGCCUGGUCUCCCGUGUCCGUUUCGGGACGGGGGAGGUUUUAUCUCCGUGUUUUCUACGAAGCCAUCCCUGCCCCGCGGCCCGCGCCGCCCCCGCCGUGGUCUGUAGCUUUUUUUUUUAAAGACUUUUGAAUGUUUAAUAAUUUUGUAAAUCAUCCUCUUUACACAGAGUACCUCUUAUUUAAUAAGAUGGGGUGUACAUUUACAACGACAAAUGUGUAUUUUAAGAAAGAAAAUGACAUUAUUUUGAAUGGUACUUUGUGGAAAGAGGCGGAGAGGAGACGCGAUCUCUGCGGUCACCUGCGAGUCACCAAAAACACUCCCGCGGGCGGGCCCGGCCCGGCCCCGC